UGGAGCUGCAUGUGCGCGGGAGGAGCGGCGGCGGAGGAGGAGGAUGGCCGUGCUCAAGCUCGCCGACCAGCCUCCACUGGUCCAAGCUAUUUUCAGCGGUGAUCCAGAGGAGAUACGGAUGUUGAUCUACAAAACCGAAGAUGUCAACGCCUUGGAUGCUGAGAAGCGAACUCCUCUUCACGUUGCGUCAUUCCUUGGGGAUGCAGACAUCAUUGAGCUUCUCAUUUUGUCAGGCGCUCGUGUUAAUGCCAAAGACAAUAUGUGGCUGACUCCUCUCCAUCGAGCAGUUGCUUCAAGGAGUGAAGAAGCGGUGCAAGUACUGAUCAAGCACUCAGCUGAUGUCAAUGCUCGGGACAAAAACUGGCAGACCCCGUUGCACGUGGCAGCCGCAAACAAGGCAGUCAAGUGUGCAGAAGUUAUCAUUCCCAUGCUGAGCAGCGUCAAUGUCUCUGACCGAGGCGGGAGGACAGCGUUGCAUCAUGCAGCUCUGAAUGGCCACAUUGAGAUGGUAAACUUGCUCUUAGCCAAGGGUGCAAACAUCAAUGCUUUUGACAAGAAGGACAGAAGAGCUCUUCACUGGGCUGCAUACAUGGGUCACCUGGAAGUUGUUGCCUUACUGAUUAAUCAUGGUGCAGAGGUGACUUGUAAAGACAAGAAGGGUUACACCCCGCUUCAUGCAGCUGCAUCCAAUGGGCAGAUUAACAUUGUGAAACACCUCCUUAACCUGGGAGUAGAGAUUGAUGAAAUGAACAUCUAUGGAAAUACUGCGCUUCAUAUUGCCUGUUACAAUGGUCAGGAUUCUGUUGUUAAUGAGCUGAUUGACUAUGGUGCUAAUGUAAAUCAGCCCAAUAAUAAUGGAUUCACUCCCUUGCAUUUUGCUGCUGCCUCCACUCAUGGAGCACUGUGUCUUGAACUGCUAGUGAAUAAUGGGGCAGAUGUUAACAUUCAGAGUAAGGAUGGGAAGAGCCCACUGCACAUGACAGCUGUCCACGGGAGGUUCACACGGUCACAGACCCUCAUUCAGAAUGGAGGAGAAAUCGACUGUGUUGAUAAGGAUGGUAACACCCCGUUGCACGUGGCUGCAAGAUAUGGACACGAGCUAUUGAUUAACACCCUCAUAACUAGCGGAGCUGAUACUGCCAAGUGUGGGAUCCACAACAUGUUUCCUCUGCACCUUGCAGCAUUGAAUGCACACUCAGAUUGCUGUAGGAAAUUGUUGUCCUCGGGCUUUGAAAUAGACACCCCUGAUAGUUUUGGAAGAACGUGCCUCCACGCUGCCGCUGCAGGAGGUAAUGUUGAAUGUAUAAAACUCUUGCAAAGCAGUGGAGCAGAUUUUAAUAAGAAGGACAAACGUGGGAGGACACCUUUGCACUACGCAGCUGCAAAUUGUCAUUUCCACUGUAUUGAGACACUGGUGACCACAGGAGCCAAUAUUAAUGAAACUGAUGAGUGGGGACGCACCCCUUUGCACUAUGCUGCUGCUUCUGACAUGGACCGAAAAAGAAAGAAUAUUUUAGGUAACUCCCAUGAAAAUGCUGAAGAACUUGAAAGAACCAGUGAAAUGAAGGAAAAAGAAGCUGCAUUGUGUCUGGAGUUCCUUCUACAGAAUGAUGCCAAUCCAUCCAUCCAAGACAAAGAGGGGUACAACACUGUGCAUUAUGCUGCUGCAUACGGACACCGGCAGUGUUUGGAACUGCUUCUGGAAAAAAACAGCAAUAUGUUUGAGGAAUCAGAUUCUUCAACUACAAAAAGUCCUUUGCAUUUAGCUGCCUAUAAUGGUCAUCAUCAAGCUUUGGAGGUGCUGCUCCAAUCUCUGGUAGAUCUGGAUAUUAAGGAUGAGAAAGGACGCACUGCUUUGGACCUGGCUGCAUUUAAAGGGCAUGCGGAGUGCGUGGAAGCUCUCAUCAGCCAGGGUGCUUCUGUCACUGUAAAAGACAAUGUCACCAAAAGGACCCCCCUGCAUGCUUCAGUCAUUAAUGGCCAUACACCUUGUUUACGGCUGUUGCUAGAAGUUGCAGACAACCCUGAUGUGACGGACGCCAAAGGACAAACCCCACUAAUGCUUGCAGUGGCACAUGGACACAUUGAUGCUGUUUCCUUAUUACUUGAAAAAGAAGCAUCUGUAGAUGCAGCAGAUCUCCUGGGGUGCACAGCUUUACAUCGAGGGAUUAUGACUGGGCAUGAAGAGUGCGUUCAGAUGCUUUUAGAGAAGGAAGUGUCUAUUUUAUGUAAAGAUGCUAGAGGUAGAACACCUCUGCACUUCGCAGCAGCUCGGGGUCACGCCACUUGGCUGAGUGAAUUACUGCAGAUUGCACUUUCAGAGGAAGACUGCAGUUUAAAGGAUAAUCAAGGUUAUACACCACUGCACUGGGCUUGUUACAAUGGUCAUGAAAACUGCAUAGAGGUACUAUUGGAGCAGAAAUUUUUCCGCAAAUUCUAUGGUAAUAGCUUCUCUCCGUUGCACUGUGCUGUAAUCAACGAUCAUGAAAACUGUGCAUCAAUGCUCAUCGGAGCCAUCGAUGCCAGCAUUGUCAAUUGCAAAGAUGACAAAGGAAGGACGCCCCUUCACGCAGCAGCCUUUGCGGAUCACGUGGAGUGCCUCCAGCUCCUCCUGAGUCACAGCGCUCAAGUGAAUGCUGUGGAUCAUGCAGGGAAAACAGCUCUCAUGAUGGCAGCUCAGAACGGUCAUGUGGGUGCUGUUGACUUUUUGGUGAAUAUUGCCAAGGCUGACCUGACAUUAAGAGAUAAGGACUUGAAUACAUCUUUGCACUUGGCUAGCAGUAAAGGUCAUGAAAAAUGUGCCUUGUUAAUACUUGACAAGAUACAAGAACAGAGCCUUAUUAAUGCAAAAAAUAAUUCACUGCAGACACCUCUCCAUAUUGCUGCACGUAAUGGCUUAAAGAUGGUAGUUGAGGAGUUACUAGCGAAAGGGGCAUGUGUCCUAGCAGUAGAUGAAAAUGGUCAUACGCCAGCCCUGGCUUGCGCUCCUAACAAAGACGUGGCUGACUGCCUGGCACUCAUUUUGGCUACCAUGAUGCCUUUUUCUCCUUCCAGUUCAAUGACGGCUUUCAACUUCGCUUGUUAUAAAAAAGACAGUUUGGGCAGGACGCAUCUCUGCGAUGGCACCGCUAUGGGUAGCAUUAACUCUUACAAUAAGCCCUUGAGUAAUAACCUAGGAACAGAGGAUGGGUACAAUGAAAAUGAUUCUGAUUCUGAAACAUUUUGACUUUUUGGUAUUCAAAAAAUUUUAUUUCAUUGCUAUUUCCUUUCAGUUUCUGUUUUUGUUUUUUCUUUUAAGACAGCUUAAAUCCCACUGCGAUAUUCUUAACUAUGACUCUUGACAAGUAGGUGUUGAGAUUUGUAGUGCUGAUGAGAAUUAAGCCUUUAAAUAACCAAGUUGGGGGCAUUUACUGGAACGUAUUCCCAUUACUGUUCUGUGGCUUUUUGUCUUCCUCGUGUUUUCUUUAGGCCCUAAGUGCCCCUGUGGAAAGUCUCUACCUCUAACUUCAAGUAUUAAAAAAAAAAAAGAAAAAGAAAAAAAAAAAAAAAAAAAAAAGAGAGAAAGAAAAUGCCUUUUUUUUCUUUUUGACAGCACAAUUAAACAGGGAAUUGUUUGUAAAAGGUACUUAAGUGAUUUAGCUGUACUAUUAGUACACAAAUGUGUUUCCAACGUAGCCUUCAUAGCAUCAUCAUUUUUCUCUAUUUGUCUGUUUCUUAGUUCCAGGGGCUCUAAUAAUUAGGUAUUUUUUUUCCACACAAACCAAAGGUAAAGUUGUAAAUCUUAAAUCUGCCUGUAUUACUUUUUUACAGGAAAAGAAAUGUUUUACAUUCCGCAUGCAUUAAGCACUUAAACGUACAGAAGGCACUUUUUUACAGUUAUUAGUUACAGCACACAAUCAGAAAAAUAUAAACUCUUCAGGCCAAAUUCUACUUGUCUUAACAUAUGUCCCACUGAUGUUAGUGGAACCACUUGUGGAAAAUGGAAAUGGCUUGGUCCUCCCCCCCCACACCUCAAUUCAGCACAAGCAUGAACAGUUGAUUUGCACUACAGAAUUAAGGAAUUAAGGUCAAUAGAAGUUUCUGUCACCUGAGCUGUUAACCAGGAAUCUAGCUAGUAUCAGAACAGAAAUGAAAAAUCAGGUGUAGGCAAAGGUGUACGUAAAGGUUUAUGAUGUCUUGCCAACUUCAAGGGAUUUUUUUUUUUCCUAUGCUUAAAUACCUUGUUUUUACUGUAGACAGUAUUGAUUUUUAAAACACUUUUGCCACUGUUUGGAUUGACAGAACAAAGGUAAAGCAAUGAAAGCGUAACACCAAAAGUUGAAAUACCAAACAGGAGAGAAAACAAAAAUGGACCAGGCAGGGGAUUGGAGAUGCACUCUAAGAGCCUUUUGUCACCAGCUUUGAAAGCAAUGUCAGCUUUGUGAAUAUGUUUACUCCUUCUGCCAAAGUUUCUAGGUCAAAUGGACCCCGACCCUCUUCUACAACAGAUGUACAAAAGGAAGAAUGAGACUUUAUAAACAAAACAAACGCCUAUCCAAACUAACCAGCUCUACCAAGAGGACCAAAAUGCUUCAGUGAAUAAAUGGAAGACUUUAUUGCUUUUAUUUUUUCUUCAAAUGUGAGUGACAUAAUGAAGUAGCUUUUCUAAACCACAAAAAUAUAAACUUUUGAGGUAAUGACUAGUCUUGAGUGAAUUUUACAUUUUAUGACACAGGUUUCAAGAUGACAUUUGUAACUAACAAUGUGUUGACCACAGGUUUGUUCUUUUUUUGUUGUUAUUUUUUUUUUUUUUUCCAGGCUAAGGAAAAUGUUCAUAUGCUUUUAAUGUAAAUGUGUUUAUAUUUAUUUGAAACGAAACAAAUGCCCAGGAAAAAUAACUAUAGCUUUUUCUCUAUGGUAGUAUUUGUGCAUAUUUUUCAGCAUAAUGCAAAAUUAAAUGUGAAUCGAGGCAGGAGUGAUGGCCUGAGUGGAAAGAAGGGAGUUAUGCACUUGGGAAGUGCACCCAUCUUACCACUUGGAAUACAAAGAUGAAGUCCACAGGCUAUAUUGGUAAAAUGCAUGAUCAUUUAAGAGCAUAAGAAAGGGAUCCAAAACAUUGCUAGACAAGUGAGAGAACACUGUACAGCCACAGGAAAGAGGAAAAGGGUAAUAUAGCAUAGAGUGGGAUGUUAAAGUUCCAGUGAUCCAUGCUCAGAAUGUCUGCAGGCCUAAGUCUUUGGAGGGAGAGGGAGAAGAGCUGCUGCUUCAGUGUACACUUUUGGCAGGGUAAAUGAACAGUAGGGAUUUCUAGUUUAGUUGCAGUUUUUAGCUGUGUUCCACUGAACUGUGUAAAAGCUGUCUGCAAACUUCAGUUCUUCAGUUAGAAAAAUGAUAUAUUGUUCAUUUUGCCUUGCUAAAAUUAAGCAUUCUUUUCUUGAACAAUAAUUCAUUUCCAACAAUUGCAACAAAAAAUCCUGAGAGGCAGCUCUGUGAGGAUAAUGAUAUUUUCCCUGAACCCUGCCUUUUCUGCAGUAGAAUGACAGAGCACCUGAAACUGUGGUUUCCUCCUCAGAAAUAGCACAGAACAUUUUUAUCAUUGACUUUAUUCAAAGUUUUAGCUUGUAAAAGCUGCAAAAUAGCAAUAACCACCUCACUUCAAGCACUGAAAAUAAGAGACAGUUGUUGGUUUUCAGUGGUGUCUGCUUAGAAAUGAAUGGAAAUCCCAUGUUUUACUACUUUUGUUUUGUGGAAGGAUGGCAUUUAAAAUGAACAAACCAAUGGGAAAUGGCUGGCACCUGCCUGAUAGGCAGCACCUUCAUCUUACUUUAAACAGAGCUUAAUCAUAGUCCAACCCUGAAAUGCAGAGAGAUGUUAUCCUAUAUGAAAUCAUUUCAUUUGGAGAAAACCAGUCCUCUUUUCGAGGGGGAUGUUGUCUUAUCUGAAGCAGGCAUUCAAAAAGAAAAUAAAAACCAGUAUUUUUACUCACUGCCACACAGUUACUGAAAAUAUUUCUGUGUGUUUGCAAUACCUCCUAACUCUGGUAACAGGUAGUGCAAUAUGUGCUGCUGCUUACGAUGGAUGCAGUGUUACAGAAGCAUAGGUGAUUACUGAAUUAAUUUGUACCUUCUGGGAAUCAAAUCUAAACUUAACUGAGAAAUCAUUUCUGUAACCCAGUGAUGAUGUAAGUACGCAAUACUCCAGAAGUCUUGGAAAAGUGUGAUCUGUUGGCAUCCUAAGGGCAUUGGGAAAGCCGUGUUCUGAGCAUGGUGUUCUUAGGAGAAGGGACAGGAGCAAGGCGCUUGGAUGUACGCAGCAUUGGCCUGCCUCAGAUCUCACCUGAGUUGCCAGAAUCCCUUUUCAUGUAUGCCAGUACGUUAAGCUGUAAUAUAAUUUAUCGCUUGUAGCAGUUAUUUAGGGCAUGGGAAUAAUUUUACUCUUGUAAAUAAUUACCUUGCCUUUCUGUGGACGUUGUACGAGGGUAGAGUUAAUCACACAUAAUUGUUGCACUUAACCCCGGAUCCUGCAAUUUGCAGUACGUGGACUACUGCUGUAUCUGCACCAAACAGUGAGUGUUUGGGACGGGCAGCAGCCUGCCCAGCUUUAUUAGCAGGAUGGUCCCAUCCUGUGUUUUAACCACAGUCGCAGGUGGAAUCCAUGGCGGGAUUGGGUCCGUGUCUCUCUCACAGAUACUGAGUUACAACCUCCGGACUGCCUGAAUUGCUGUGAAAUAGCUCAGGGGAUUUCUGCUCAUCGCUACUAAAAGGGCACCAUAAUGUGUUUGGUACUUUUAUGCAGUAAACCACUGCCAGAUGAUGAAAGGAGGACAAACACAUGAAAUGAACCGUUUAUCCAUUGUACUGUUGAGAAACUCGGUUGUGUAUCUUGACGAUGAUUUUAAAAAAGAAAUUGUGAUUUUUAUUCUUAGUCUUGUAAGAAAUAUUAGAGUGCCUUUUUAUAUUUGCGUAUGAUGGAAAUGUUUUGUGGAAGUUGUCUUUUUUUUUUUUUUUCUUUUUUUUCCUCAUUUGAGUGUUACAGAAGCAAUAUAUCACCAGUAAAUUUUCAUUUCAAACCUUCUUUGAAUGUACAAAGUGUUUCUCCUUUUCGUAUGUUCUACCUGCAUUGAAAUGAAAAUCGAUAUGCUAAAUUUCUAUAGGAAUAACGUCUAAUUUUUGCAGUGCUGAAAAGGCUUUCUUAUUACACAAAGUAAACCUUAGGUCAGUGUUAUAGGAAAGGGCGUUUGAAACUAGUGACAAUCCGAGUGUGCGUGUAAAUGUGACUUUAUGCGUUUGUAUGCAGUGAUUACAUAUUAAAGCCAAUAUCUCAUGUUUUGUAGGUUUUGUCUCAUAUCUUAUGCUUUAGCAUGUGCAAUAUAUCCUUACAACCCACGGUGAUACGAAUCUGGUGCCAGUGUUAUAUUUUGCAUAACGUUUGUAAUAAACGAUAUGAAAUGUU